AUGUCAUUACCAGCAUCAGCGCCAUUUAAUAAUGUAACUUCACAAUCUGGAACUUUUUUUCAACCACCCACACAACCGCAGUCAGGAGGUCAUCAUGCUGGGCCACCACAAAUGCUUCCUGAAAAUAUUCUGGAAGAGAAGGCACGGAAGUGGAAACAGUUGCAGUCAAAACGUUAUGCGGAGAAACGGAAAUUUGGUUUUGUUGAUUCACAAAAGGAAGACAUGCCACCAGAGCAUGUGCGGAAAAUUAUUCGUGAUCACGGCGACAUGACAUCACGGAAAUAUCGACAUGAUAAACGAGUUUAUUUGGGAGCUUUGAAGUAUAUGCCCCAUGCAGUUUUGAAACUUCUUGAGAACAUGCCAAUGCCAUGGGAGCAAAUUCGUGAUGUCAAGGUGCUUUAUCACAUAACGGGCGCAAUAACAUUCGUGAAUGAAAUCCCUCGUGUGAUUGAACCAGUAUACAUGGCGCAGUGGGGUACAAUGUGGAUAAUGAUGAGACGAGAGAAAAGGGAUCGAAGACAUUUCAAGCGCAUGCGUUUCCCGCCGUUUGAUGACGAAGAACCACCGCUGGAUUAUGCUGACAACAUUCUGGACGUAGAACCUUUAGAGCCAAUUCAGAUGGAACUUGACCAAGAUGAAGAUAAAACUGUUGCAGAGUGGUUUUAUGACCACAAACCGUUGGCUACAACUAGAUUUGUUAAUGGAACAACAUAUCGACGUUGGGCGUUCAGUAUACCUAUGAUGGCUACUCUGUAUCGUCUCGCCAAUCAGUUAUUGACUGAUCUUGUGGAUGAUAACUAUUUUUACUUGUUUGAUUUAAAAUCAUUUUUCACGGCCAAAGCUUUAAAUGUCGCAAUUCCUGGUGGCCCGAAAUUUGAACCAUUGGUCAAAGAUCUCAAUGCGCUCGACGAAGAUUGGAAUGAGUUUAACGAUAUAAACAAAGUGAUCAUUCGAGCUCCCAUUCGUACUGAAUAUCGAAUUGCUUUCCCUUUUAUGUAUAAUAAUCUUAUCAACAGUUUGCCAGUGCAGGUGUCUUGGUACCACACUCCCUCUGUCGUUUUUAUCAAAACGGAGGAUCCAGAUUUACCAGCAUUUUAUUACGAUCCUCUGAUUAAUCCAAUAGCUCAGCGCUCAGCGGAGAAGAAUAAGGAACCAUCUUCAAUCGAUGAUGAGGAUUUCAUUUUGCCGGAAGAAGUUGAAGCAAUAUUCAGUGAAACGCCACUUUAUACAGAAAACACUGGUAAUGGGAUAGCUCUGAUGUGGGCACCACGACCAUUUAAUAUGCGUUCAGGUCGAACACGAAGAGCGAUAGAUGUGCCGCUUGUAAAAUCGUGGUACCGGGAACACUGUCCAUCUGGAAUGCCGGUGAAAGUUCGUGUUUCGUAUCAAAAAUUACUUAAAGUUUUUGUGCUGAAUGCAUUGCGUCAUCGACCACCAAAACCUCAAAAGCGACGUUAUCUGUUUCGGUCAUUCAAAUCAACGAAGUUUUUCCAAUCGACCACGCUCGAUUGGGUUGAAGCUGGUUUGCAAGUAUUGCGACAAGGCUACAAUAUGCUUAAUUUAUUAAUUCAUCGCAAGAAUUUGAAUUAUCUUCAUUUGGAUUAUAAUUUCAACUUGAAGCCAGUGAAAACAUUAACAACUAAGGAACGCAAAAAGUCUCGCUUCGGUAAUGCGUUCCAUUUGUGCCGUGAGAUUUUACGUCUUACAAAAUUGGUGGUUGAUGCCCAUGUUCAAUAUCGAUUGAACAAUGUGGAUGCUUACCAACUUGCGGAUGGCUUGCAAUACAUUUUUUCUCAUGUUGGCCAACUUACGGGCAUGUAUCGCUAUAAAUACAAAUUAAUGAGACAAGUUCGUAUGUGUAAAGAUUUGAAGCACCUGAUUUAUUAUCGAUUCAAUACCGGACCUGUAGGUAAGGGGCCAGGAUGUGGUGUGUGGGCACCGGGAUGGCGAGUAUGGCUUUUCUUCAUGCGCGGAAUUACCCCACUUCUGGAACGAUGGCUUGGAAAUCUUUUGUCGCGACAGUUUGAAGGUCGUCACUCAAAGGGUGUUGCGAAAACUGUGACCAAGCAAAGAGUAGAAUCCCACUUUGACCUCGAACUAAGAGCUGCUGUAAUGCACGACAUCCUUGAUAUGAUGCCAGAAGGAAUCAAACAGAAUAAAGCACGAGUAAUCCUGCAGCAUCUGAGCGAGGCAUGGCGUUGUUGGAAAGCUAACAUACCGUGGAAGGUACCUGGACUACCGACACCGGUUGAAAAUAUGAUUUUGCGUUACGUAAAAGCAAAGGCAGAUUGGUGGACAAAUUCUGCUCAUUACAAUCGCGAACGCGUUCGCCGUGGUGCCACUGUUGAUAAGACUGUUUGCAAAAAAAAUCUUGGUCGCUUAACGCGCUUGUAUUUGAAAGCUGAACAGGAGCGACAGCAUAAUUACUUGAAGGACGGCCCAUAUAUUAGUGCUGAAGAAGCCGUAGCAGUUUAUACGACCACUGUACAUUGGCUCGAAUCAAGACGUUUUUCGCCUAUCCCCUUUCCUCCACUAUCAUACAAACAUGAUACUAAACUACUGAUUCUUGCACUAGAACGACUGAAGGAGGCAUAUUCAGUUAAAAACCGUUUAAAUCAAAGUCAAAGAGAGGAGUUGGCAUUAAUCGAGCAAGCAUAUGACAAUCCUCAUGAGGCGCUUUCACGUAUUAAACGACACAUGCUUACACAGCGAGCAUUCAAGGAAGUGGGGAUUGAAUUUAUGGAUCUCUAUUCUCACUUAGUACCUGUGUAUGAUAUUGAACCACUAGAAAAAGUGACGGAUGCUUAUUUGGAUCAAUAUCUAUGGUAUGAAGCAGAUAAGCGUCGACUGUUCCCAAAUUGGAUUAAACCGAGUGACACUGAACCACCUCCGCUUCUUACAUAUAAAUGGUGUCAGGGUAUCAACAAUUUACAAGAAGUUUGGGACACCGUUGAAGGUGAAUGUGAUGUCAUGUUGGAAGCAAGACUAGAAAAAGUUUAUGAAAAAAUGGAUUUAACAUUGCUGAACAGAUUAUUAAGACUGAUUGUGGAUCACAAUAUUGCCGACUACAUGACAGCAAAAAAUAACGUGUUAAUCAAUUACAAGGAUAUGAACCAUACCAAUUCGUUUGGUAUUAUUCGCGGUUUGCAGUUCGCAUCAUUUAUUGUGCAGUACUAUGGAUUGGUUUUAGAUCUCUUAAUUCUUGGUCUUAGAAGAGCAAGUGAAAUAGCUGGACCGCCUCAGUGUCCAAAUGAGUUCCUCACUUAUCAAGACGUUGCAACGGAGAUCGUGCAUCCUAUUAGGCUCUACUGUCGAUAUAUCGAUAAAAUUUGGAUUUUCUUCAGGUUCUUGGCUGACGAUGCAAGAGAUUUAAUCCAGCGCUAUUUGACCGAACAUCCAGACCCAAAUAAUGAGAAUAUAGUUGGUUAUAACAACAAAAAAUGUUGGCCGCGGGAUGCACGAAUGAGGCUAAUGAAGCAUGAUGUUAACUUGGGUCGUGCUGUUUUCUGGGAUAUCAAGAAUCGUUUACCACGAUCAGUUACCACAGUCGAAUGGGAGAAUUCAUUUGUGUCAGUGUACAGUAAAGAUAAUCCAAAUUUGCUGUUUGACAUGUGUGGUUUUGAAUGUAGAAUACUGCCGAAAUGCCGUAUGGCAACUGAGGAAUUGACACAUCGUGAUGGUGUUUGGAAUUUGCAGAAUGAGGUUACAAAAGAACGCACUGCACAAUGCUUCUUGAAAGUUGAUGAAGAAUCUUUAUUGAAAUUCCAUAAUCGUAUCCGGCAGAUUCUUAUGUCUUCUGGAUCUACUACCUUUACAAAGAUUGUGAACAAAUGGAAUACGGCGCUAAUUGGGUUGAUGACGUAUUUCAGAGAAGCUGUUGUUAACACUCAAGAAUUGUUAGAUUUGCUAGUGAAGUGUGAAAAUAAGAUCCAAACUCGUAUCAAGAUUGGACUAAACUCCAAAAUGCCUGCUCGCUUCCCACCUGUGGUUUUCUACACACCAAAAGAAAUCGGCGGAUUGGGUAUGCUUUCAAUGGGACAUGUGUUGAUUCCACAAUCUGAUUUGCGAUGGAUGAAACAAACCGACCAGGGUGGAAUUACUCAUUUCCGGAGUGGCAUGACGCAUGAUGAAGAUCAGCUUAUUCCAAACUUAUACCGUUACAUUCAGCCUUGGGAAGCUGAAUUUAUCGAUUCACAGCGGGUCUGGGCUGAAUAUGCUCUGAAAAGACAAGAAGCAAAUGCGCAAAAUCGUCGUUUAACUCUUGAGGAUUUGGAUGAUAGCUGGGAUCGUGGAAUCCCACGGAUCAAUACAUUGUUUCAAAAAGAUCGACAUACAUUGGCAUAUGACAAAGGGUGGCGAGUGAGGACGGAAUUCAAAACUUACCAGAUUCUGAAACAAAAUCCAUUUUGGUGGACACACCAACGGCAUGAUGGUAAAUUAUGGAAUUUGAAUAAUUAUCGUACGGAUAUGAUUCAAGCUUUGGGUGGUGUUGAAGGUAUUCUUGAACACACACUAUUUCGAGGUACGUAUUUUCCUACAUGGGAAGGUUUGUUUUGGGAACGUGCAUCUGGUUUCGAAGAAUCGAUGAAGUUCAAGAAAUUAACAAAUGCCCAGCGAUCUGGUUUAAAUCAAAUUCCGAAUCGACGUUUCACGUUGUGGUGGUCGCCUACUAUCAAUCGAGCUAAUGUCUACGUUGGUUUCCAAGUGCAACUUGAUCUCACUGGCAUUUUCAUGCAUGGCAAGAUUCCGACACUAAAAAUAUCGCUGAUUCAAAUAUUUCGUGCUCACUUGUGGCAGAAGAUCCAUGAAUCGGUUGUCAUGGAUUUGUGCCAGGUAUUCGAUCAAGAACUUGACGCGCUUGAAAUCCAGACCGUACAAAAAGAAACAAUCCAUCCUCGAAAAUCUUAUAAAAUGAAUAGCUCAUGUGCUGAUAUUCUUCUUUUCGCACAAUAUAAAUGGCACGUAUCUCGGCCAUCGUUAUUGGCUGACACGAAGGAUGUAAUGGACAACACGACUACGCAGAAGUACUGGUUAGAUAUUCAGCUACGUUGGGGUGAUUAUGAUUCACAUGAUGUUGAACGUUAUGCGAGAGCAAAAUUUCUUGAUUAUACCACAGAUAACAUGUCGAUUUACCCUUCGCCAACCGGUGUUUUAAUUGCAAUAGACCUGGCGUAUAAUUUAUAUAGUGCAUAUGGAAACUGGUUCCCUGGUAUGAAACCGCUGAUUCGACAAGCCAUGGCUAAAAUCAUCAAGGCCAAUCCUGCUUUUUAUGUGUUGCGUGAGCGUAUUCGUAAAGGUCUUCAGUUGUAUUCAUCUGAACCUACGGAGCCAUAUUUGACAUCGCAAAAUUAUGGCGAAUUAUUCAGCAAUCAGAUUAUUUGGUUUGUAGACGACACGAAUGUGUAUAGAGUGACGAUUCAUAAGACAUUUGAAGGGAAUUUAACAACAAAGCCUAUCAAUGGUGCCAUUUUCAUUUUUAAUCCACGAACUGGCCAACUUUUUUUAAAAAUCAUCCAUACAAGUGUAUGGGCUGGGCAGAAACGCUUAAGUCAGUUAGCUAAGUGGAAAACAGCUGAAGAAGUAGCAGCUCUUAUUCGGUCUUUGCCAGUUGAGGAACAACCACGUCAAAUUAUCGUAACACGGAAAGCCAUGUUGGACCCUCUGGAAGUCCACUUGCUUGACUUUCCGAAUAUUGUUAUCAAGGGAUCGGAAUUGAUGCUACCGUUUCAGGCUAUCAUGAAGGUAGAAAAAUUCGGUGAUCUGAUUUUGAAAGCAACUGAACCACAGAUGGUCUUGUUCAACUUAUAUGACGAUUGGCUAAAGACUAUCUCCAGUUACACAGCAUUUUCACGUGUUAUAUUGAUAAUGCGCGGUAUGCACAUCAACCCUGACAAAACGAAAGUGAUUUUAAAACCAGACAAGACAACAGUAACAGAGCCUCAUCAUAUAUGGCCGUCUUUAAGUGACGAAGAUUGGAUUAAGGUUGAAUUAGCUCUGAAGGAUAUGAUUUUGGCGGAUUAUGGCAAAAAAAAUAAUGUUAAUGUUGCAUCACUGACACAAAGUGAAGUACGAGAUAUUAUUCUGGGUAUGGAAAUCAGUGCACCAUCAGCUCAACGUCAACAAAUAGCUGAUAUUGAAAAGCAAACAAAGGAGCAGAGCCAAGUAACAGCUACCACAACCCGCACAGUCAACAAGCACGGCGAUGAAAUCAUAUCUGCAACAACAAGCAAUUAUGAGAGCCAAACAUUUGCUUCGCGCACUGAAUGGCGAAUCCGCGCAAUUAGCGCUACAAAUUUGCAUUUGCGAACACAACACAUAUAUGUUAAUUCGGAUGACGUUAAAGACACUGGCUAUACAUACAUCUUGCCGAAAAAUGUAUUGAAAAAGUUCAUCAUCAUUGCAGAUUUAAGAACUCAGGUUGCUGGUUAUCUCUAUGGGAUAUCGCCACCUGAUAAUCCACAGGUAAAAGAAAUUCGCUGCAUUGUUCUACCACCACAAUGGGGUACUCAUCAGUUGGUGCAUCUUCCCAACCAAUUACCCACUCAUGAAUUCAUCAAAGAUCUCGAACCACUUGGAUGGAUGCAUACUCAACCGAAUGAAUUGCCUCAGCUAUCACCGCAAGACGUAACAUCACAUGCAAAGAUUUUGUUAGAAAAUGAAAGUUGGGAUGGUGAAAAGACGGUUAUUAUUACUUGCAGUUUCACUCCGGGUUCGGUAUCGUUAACUGCUUACAAACUGACGCCCAGUGGUUUUGAAUGGGCUCGAAAUAACACAGAUAAGCAGAGUAAUAAUCCCAAGGGUUAUCUUCCAUCGCAUUAUGAAAAAGUUCAGAUGCUUCUAUCUGAUCGUUUUCUUGGCUAUUUUAUGGUACCAUCGUCUGGAAUAUGGAAUUAUAAUUUCAUGGGCGUUCGACACGAGGCAAAUAUGCGCUAUGAUUUGAUGUUAACCAAUCCCAAAGAAUUCUAUCAUGAAGACCACCGACCACUGCAUUUCCAAAACUUCAAAGGAUUCGAUGAUCCGUUAGGUGUGGCUGCUGCCGACCGAGAAGAUAUUUUUGCUUGA